UGACACAGCUGUGGUCGCUGGGCUGCACGGGACGGGUCGCGAGCGCGGCGUCACUCACAACCAGCUCCCGCGGACAAGUCGGUUGUCAACUCCGGCCCGAGUGGAAGUCGACUCGGGUGUUUGUGGUGCCUCGUAUCUACCGUCAGUUUUUCUUUGUGAUCUUUUCCCCUUGUCCUUCGCCCAGCGCGUCUCGCUGCUUCGCGACCACCGUGGAGCGGUGCCUCACCUAGCGGGCUGGCUUGCGGGCUCGACCGGGCUCUGCCUCUUGUCCCACCCGCGGUGACAUGGACCUGACGCGCCGACGACGGACGGACUGAGCGCUUCGGGAAUCUGCCACACAUCGUUCACCGGCCAGCGACGACUGAACGAACAACCUGCGGCGACGUUGUUGUUGAUUAUUCCUUGUUAGCAAGUUGUCAGAAACCCGUUAAGCCAUAAGGACAUGCAGAAGUUCAACUCCCCCGGCACCCGCGGCGACACGCUGCCCCGGGACGCGGAGCUCCAGCUGCGGCUCGCUGACGGCGGAGAGGUCGGGGACGGGAUGGAGAACGGAGCCGGGAAUCAUUUCCUCCGCCAGACCGAGGAGGAGAGCUCGUUCUGCACGAAGAGGAGGAUGCUUGUCGGGUUGGAUUUAAUAUGUCUCAUUGUCGCCUCCAUCCCAUUCUUUGCAUGCGAGCUGAAGGCAGUGACUCCGUACAGACGAGGGUUUUUCUGUGGAGACUCCAGCAUCACUUAUCCCUACAUGGAGAGAGAGGCCAUCCCUGACAGCCUGCUCAUCGCUGGUGGUAUAGUCAUCACUGGCUUAACGAUUGCACUCGGCGAAUGCUACCGGGUACGCUUCCGAGGCGUACACUCGCGGGCUUUUGUCCGAAACCUCUAUGUGUCAUGCCUGUACAAGGAGCUGGGAAGCUUCCUGUUUGGCUGCUGUGUGGGUCAGUCUCUCACCAACAUGGCCAAACUAAGCGUGGGACGCCUGCGACCCAACUUCCUGUCCGUCUGCAACAUCACCUAUGCGUCCAUCAACUGCACUCCGGGCAGCUACAUGGCCCAGGUCAACUGCAGGCAACCUAAUCAGAAGAUGGUAGAGGAGGCAAGGAAGUCUUUUUUUUCUGGCCAUGCUUCCUUUGCAAUGUACACCAUGCUCUAUCUGGCAUUCUACCUGCAGGCACGGUUGUCAUGGCGAGGAGCCCGGCUGUUGCGUCCGCUCAUACAGUUCCUCUUAGUGAUGAUUGCCAUCUACACCGGCCUGAGCCGCAUAUCUGACUACCGGCACCACCCCACCGACGUCCUCACGGGCUUCAUCCAGGGAGGACUCACGGCGUACUGGGUGGCCUUCUACAUCUCCUCCAUGUUUAAGCCCUGCGCCCGUCCAGACCUGUCUCCUACUAGCAUGUCCCUGGAGAGUCCACUGUCCAGCCAGCAGACUGUCUGUUAGCAGACACAUGCGGCCAUUACAGGAACCAGAUGAUAAGUGGAGAUGGCCUGCAGAGAGACAGGGAGAAUGUCAGAUAGCACAGGGGAGCAGCAGGAGGAGGAAAGAGACAUUUUUCUAAGAAAGGGAUUUAUUCUAAUACAGGGGUACGAUUAAAAGUGAUGGCGUACAAUCUACACAUGCUUAUUGUUUGGGGCAUACUGAUACAAAUGCAAACACACACUCACACAGAUAUCUAACAUGUUCACACACACACACACACACACACACACACACACACGUGAAAUACAAGAAGCACAUAUGACUGUGAGUCAAACCCGUCCAGUGAAAACAACUGUACAGAUAUUUUUUAUAUGUGAAAAAAAAAAGAAUAAAUAAAAAUGUCUAUUUUUCAAGAUCAUUUUUAGAAGCUGCUAAUGUUGAUAGUUCCCAAGUUUUUAACUUGUUUUCGUCUGUAAACGGAGGCAUUUUGUCAGUGCAUGUGGUUUGCUUUCAAAGCAAAACCGGUCGCUCUUUGGCCCAGGGUGAGAGAGAGACGAGAAAACGCAGGCUUCCUCUUUGUUUUCUGAUCCUCCGUUCACCCGACAGCUGUGAACUGAGACCAUACACACCUCGGAUGUAUCCACCUCUGACCGUUUUAACCGUCAGUGGCCUGAAGUGUCACUGCUCGAAUCAGACUGCCCUGCAUCACUAUGUCGAAACAAUAACCUGUAUGUAGGCAAAGAACAACAAAAAACAGCAUUUGUUCUGUAACACCAUGUUAUCCUUCUUUUUUAAGAGUAACCAAGGCAGCGUCAGGGAGGAAUCAGGUAACCCCCCCUCCCCUUCACUGCCUCCUUUCUGUACUAACCACUUUGACUGUGUCUCAGAGGCGGAGGCUUGACUGAAUUUUAACCUUUGACUUUUGCCCCUGGACUCCAGUCUCUGAGCUGCACCUUGAUUUAUGCCACUCUGACAGGAGAGCCGACAGGGUUGUGGGACCCCAAGGGCCCUCCUGUGCAUCCUUAUUAAUAGCACUUGAACGUACAUAAUGGAACCUUCUAGUUAUAAUCAAUAUUAUGUAUUUUAUCACCAGUUUGAAUAAUCAGUGUUUAUUUUUGUUGAUGUCAGACUCAUACGCUAUAUUUGUUUGUUUUUCCUGAAAUGAUAAUUAUUCAAAUUGAAUGUAAAUAGGUAUGACAUUUUAUAAACCACACAGAAUUCUAAAAGUAUUAGUUCCAGUUCUGGACAGUUUUUACCUGUUUAUAUAAGUGAUUGUAUUUACAUUUGUGUCGAUCAGGUACGGAGACUUACUUUUGUAUCUGUUGUAACUACUAGACUGAGCCACAGAUAUUAUCAGAAAGCUAUAUUUUUGUGUGUUCCCAGUUAUUGUCAUGUGCUUGUUUUGUCUGUGAAUGCCAGAAGGCAAAAAAUAACCACUGUAAUCAAAAAAACCAAACCAAUAAAAUGAAAGUCGAAUGUUUGUAACUUC